GCACGGAGCGGCCGCUGAGCGCUGCGCACCGGCACCGGCACCGGCACCGGCGGCCAGAGUUUCAAUGUUCUGACUUGCUCUAAGAUGAAGGUAUGGAAGUUUGCAGCCAUUGCAUCGAUGCUCCUCAGUUCCAUGUUAUCCAUUUUAGUUUGUAGAGACAUGUUCAGCGGAAGCCGGGAACUCAGCCCCUUGCCUUCCUCGCCGUCUUCCUCACGGGAUUCCUCUUCUUCCUCUUCUUCUUCCUCCUCCUCCUCCUCCUCGCUGCGGAGAUCCCCACGGGCGCUGCAACGCCACGGCUCUCUGCUGGCCCAGUACAGCGCCUUGCUGGAGAGCUACACGGAGGGCGAGAUGCGCCAGCUGCUGUCGGCGCUGGUGGAGCGCUACCGCCAGGCCGUGAACUCGGGCGGGCACGAGCUGCCGCUGUUCCCCCGCGCCGGCGGCCGCCGCAAGCGCGCCCGCGCCCGCCACAAACCCUGCGAGCUGCGCGAGCUCGAGGUCAGCGUCAGCGAGCUGGGCCUGGGCUACGAGUCGGACGAGACCGUGCUGUUCCGCUACUGCAGCGGCACCUGCGAGGCCGCCGUGCGCAGCUACGACCUCUCCCUCAAGAGCAUGAGGAGCCGCAGAAAGAUCCGGAAGGAGAAGAUCCGCGCGCGGCCCUGCUGCAGGCCGCUGGCCUACGACGACGACGUCUCCUUCCUGGACGCCUACAACCGCUACUACACCGUCAACGAGCUGUCGGCCAAGGAGUGCGGCUGCGUGUGACACGGGGGACGGCCGCGAUGGAGGCCGGGGCGGCCGCAGGAGGAGAGACUGAGCCGCUGGCGUGUCCCUCGGUGUCGCCGUCACUGGACUAGAGACGUGGCCGCUGCCACGUGGGGUGGCUGGGGCGGUGACGGUGGCUCUAGGCCGUUGUCCCCUCUGUGGCGGCCCAGUGCCUGCUGAGGUGACAGUGGGUGUGCAACAUGCCCAUGGGCGGCACUGCGUGUCACAGGUGUCACAUAUGUCACACGUGUCACACGUGUCACAGGCCACAUUACCUGCACAGGGGUGGUGCAGCGCAGGUGUCUCUGGCAUGAGGGACACACACAGAUGCCUGGGGGUUCUGUGUCAGGGUGUGGCACAGAGGUGUGGCACAGGGGUGUGGCAUGUGCAGGGGGUGUUGUGAGCAGUGCCAGUGCUGUGUGGUACUGGACAGGGUGUGCUGCACACCUGGGGUGUGUUUAGGGGUGUGCUGCACACCUGGGGUGUGUUUUGGUGUGUGCUGCACACUCUGGGUGUGUUUUGGGGUGCGUUAUAGGUUUGGGGUGCGUCAGGUGCCCUGUGCUGCCCCAGGGUGGGAGCUGAGUCUUUCUCUCUGCAGCUUUGGGGUUUUGUGACCACCCCGAGCUGCUGGGGGAGGUCCCACCACCCCAGAUCCCGGUGUUUGGGGACACAGAAACCCUGAGAGUGAUUUGUGUGUGGCUCUGACUCCCCCUGGCUUGUGCCCCUUUUGCCAUCCUCUCAUUCCUGCAGCCCUGGGGCUUUUCUUCUUACAACUCGGGAUAAUCUGAAGUAACUGGAUUAACCUCCUGCGCCCCUGCCACAGGCAGCUGGGCCAGAGCCCGGCCACCACCAGGGAGGUGACAGAACCUCCCCAGGGCCACCAGCAGAGUGGCAUGGGCAGGAGCAUCCCUGGUUUGGCGUCUCCCAAAAUCCCCCCAGCUCUCCUGGGAGCAUCCCCCGUGCUCUGGCCGUGGCUGGGAUCCUGCAGGAGAGAGGACUCAGGCCUGGCUUUGGCUCUGCUCACAUUUACAGCAGUGUCACUGCUGUUUACUCUGCGGGGAAAUAAAUGAGCCCGCAGGCUCUCACAUUCCCUGGGCAGGCUCGAGCUGUUGCCUGGGAUUGAUGGGUUUUCUCCCCUUGGCUCCCUUCCCAGAAAAGGCAAAUCAUAAACAGAAGGAGAAUAUUGGUGUCAUGUCCUGGGCAUUAACCAACGUGAGGGAAAACACUCCGUGUGCCACCCUCCCCGUCCUGGCUCCUCUCUCUGGACAAAUCGGGGGGAAAAAUCCCUUGUGCCUUCAUCCCGAGGAGGAGGAGGGCUGCUGGUGGUGAUCCCAGCUCAGGGACGGUGCUGCAGCACUGGGGGAGCAGGGUGGCAUCCCUUGGGAUGGGAUGGGGAGCAGCAUCUCGUGUUGGACCAGCCGCAUUCCCGACCUCCACGCAGGCCCAGCCUGGUGGGGACGAUUUUUUAAUACCCUUCCUUUUUAUCCAAAGGCAGCUCUUGGCUGAGUGGAGCCAGGGUGUAGUGGAGGAAUAUAAACACCAUCCCUCAGCAGGGCUGGCAGCCCGGGAAGGCAGCCUGGAGUCUGUAACACGGAGUUUUCCCUGGAUUUUGGGAAAGGCAGGAGGCAGCUGCAGGUACAGGGUGCAAAACCUGCACCCGGGAAAUGGGAACUGAGAGUGGAUAAACUCCACAGUCCAGGUGCAGCUCCCCAACCAAGGUGUGAGUUUGCAUGCCUGGUUUUGGCUGGAAAUGGGAAAAGUGGCCCAAAAGAAUCAGCUGGAGGAUGGAGAUGGCAGAUGGGCAGCAGGAGCUGUGGAUAAGCGGCUCGCUCGAGUUUAAGGAAAAAAAAAAGCACCCAAAUCUAAUAAUAAUAAUGAUAAUAAUAAUAAUAACUGUCCUCUCAAGGGCUUGGGUGCUUUCCAGCUCUCGCUGCUAUAAAACUAAAAUUAGUUUUGUUGCAGUAAGGAAAAAGGAAUGGAAGCAGGGCAGGGAAGGUGGUGGGGAAGCAGAGCAGGACCUGGUGCUGCAGAGGAGGGUUUGGAGCAGGAGCUGCCUCUGCUCAGCGUUUGCACCCUGGUUUGGGGCAGUUUUUGGCAGAAUCCAGGGAUUUAGGGUGCCUUGAGGGUGGGCACCAGGCCCAAGGGACCCUCCUCUUGCCAGGGUGGUGGGAGCAGCAAGGAAGACGAGGGGACAAGGGACAUCUCCCAAAAUCCCCCAUUCCCACUGCAAAUCCAGCUUGGAGCCCCCAAAACCAGGAGGAAAACCUGACUCGACGCAAUGGUGUGUUAAACCCAGCAGGAAUAGCUCCAAUCCAUCAUUUUUUGUGCUUUUUUGUUUUGUUUUUAAUUUCCCCCUGCCGGCAGCGCAGCUCCGGCCCGUGCGGAGGGGAUGUUCCCCAUCUGCCUCCCACUGCUCCUGCUGGGUGUUUUUUUCGGGGAACAGCUGGGAUUUACAGCCACAAAACUCCCCGAUGGGGUGAGCUGGGGCAUCGUGCUGUGGCCCAAAGGAUGGGUUCUGCUUCCAUGCCUUCUUCAGGUCUCCUCCUCCUCCUCCUCCUCCUCGUGGAGCUCCUCCAGCUGUCCCGGUGCCAUCCCGCUGCCAACCAGCCCUGGAAAUGUGGUUCCAAUAGAAAGGCUGAGGUUUCCCUAAUGCUUUCCAUUUCUCCAGCCCCCUCUGCUGUAAUAGGAGCUGGAGCAGCCCGGAAGAAUGUCUACAAUGCAAAAAAAAAAAAAAAAAAAAAAAAAGAAAAAAAAAAGUGGAAAAUUCCCUCCUCAAAGCCUCAGCAGAAUCUCAUCUGGCUCCUUCCUCAGCAUCCCAUGUGCUGGUUAAUAUUAGUGUUAAUAAUAACAAUAAUAACCAGCGUGCAACAGCUGUUGGGGGGAUUUUGGGGUUGGGUUUUUGUCUGUCUGGGGUUUGAGGAGCAGGAGGUUUGGAGAUGUUUAAAUUGAUCCUGGUGGUUGUGACAGCGCAAAACCCCAGGGUUGUGCUCUCCCAGCCCUGCCACGGCGAGUUCUGGGAUUUCCAGUGGGUUUUCCAUCAGGACACGCUGAUUUUGGGAUCAGACCCACAAAUCCCAUAAAUCCCUCAGGAUCUCGUUCCCUCCCAGGGUCCAAUUUGGGAUCCAAAUUGGGGGAAAUUGGGGAAAUUUCAUCGUCGUUUCCACUCGAUGGAAGCGCUGGCAGAGGGAAUGUUCUGGGUUUAAACAGCCCCAGGAUCCUGCUGGGAUCAAGGAUUUUCCCAAUUUAUCACGAGAAACGAUGUUUUGGUGGGAUUCAGAGCCUCAGAUGGUAAAUUGGGAACGGGGCUGCCACGUGUUUUCCUUCUGGGCUAAACAAAGCGUGGCCUCAAAGGGGAGGCACGAGAGAAAGGGGGAGAAAAGGAAAUAAAAGAAAAAGGAGGAAAAAGGGGGGGAGAAAAAAGAAAAAAAGGGGAAAAGGAAAAAAAGGGAGAAAGGAAAAAGGGGGGAGGAGAAAAAAGAAAAAAGGAGAAAAAGAUAAAGGAGAAAAAAAAGGGAAAAGGGGAAAAAGGGAAAAAAGGAAAAAAGGAAAAAAAAGAAAAGGAAAAAGGGAAGGAAGGGAAAAGAGCAAUUAAAAUGAAAAAGUGGAAAUAGGGGAAAGAGGAGAAGGUAAGGGAAAGAGGUAAAAAGAGAAAAGGGGCAAAAAGGAAAAAUAUAAUUGGAAAAAGGGGGAAGAGCAAAAAGGAAAUAAAAAGAAAAGAAGGGGAAAGAGGGUGAAGAGAAAGGGGGAAAAGGAAAAGGGAUAAAAGGAAAAAGGGGAGAAAAGGGGAAAAAAGAGGAAAAACGAGAAAAAAGGAAAUUAAAGAGGGGGAAAAGGAGAAAAAAGGGAAAAAUAAAAAAGGGAAAAAAUGAAAAAAAAAAGGGAAAUAAAAAAAGGAGAAAAAGGAAUAAAAAAAGGUAGAAAAGGGGGAAGGGGGAGAAGGGAUUCCUGUUCCAGCACCGCCGGCACCAUCCGGAUUUUGCUGUUCCCCUCCGGAAUGGCCGGGCCCGUGCCCGGCUGCAGAAGUGGAUGCAAUGCAUCUGUAUUUUGGAUACUGCUAUUUAUUGGAAGUAACUUAUGUUAUUUAUUUAGAUCCCAAAGCGCCGCCUCCCAAACGCCUCCCACGCUCGCUCCCUUUUUUAUGUUAUUUAUUGACCCCGACGGUGCCAAGUGCAGUUUACAUUUAUUACAUUUGUACCAUUUAUCCUGGACCUUGAGGGGGGGGAAAAAUAAAAUAAGGUAAAAUAAAAUGAAAUAAAAAGC